AUGCCUGCGCUGGCUCUCAUGGUCCUGCUGGGCAGCCUGCUGUCCUCUGCCUGGGCUGGCUCGGCCCCCCGCGCGGUAAUCGUGGGCGGCAGGAGAACUGAGAGGGGGAACUUCCCGUUCCUGGCCUCAAUUCAGCACCAAGGGAGACACUUCUGCGGGGGCGCCCUGAUCCACAGCCGCUAUGUGCUGACGGCAGCCAGUUGCUUCAACACGCCGAACCCCGGGAUCGCCACGGUGGUGCUGGGCGCCUACAACUUGAGGAAGAGGGAACGCUCCCGGCAGGUCUUCUCCGUGCGCGGCAUCAGCGAGAAUGGCUACGACCCCCAGGAGAACCUCAACGACCUGCUGCUGCUGGAGCUGGACCGUGAGGCCAACCUGACCAGCAGGGUGGCGCUGCUGCCCUUGCCCCUGCAGAACUCCACAGUGGAAACGGGCUCCAGUUGCCAGGUGGCCGGCUGGGGGGCCACCCAGCCGAACGGAACACUCUCCUGCUGCCCCCGGGUCCUCAAUGUUACCGUGACGCCCAAGGAGCAGUGUCGGCCCAGCAACGUGUGCACAGGUGUGCUCGGCAGCCAGGGCGGCAUCUGCCAGGGUGACGGAGGCGUCCCCCUCGUUUGUGGUGGCCUGGCUCAUGGUGUGGCCUCCUUCUCCAUGGACCCCUGUGGCACCAGUAUCGACUUCUUCACCUCCGUGUCCCUCUUCCGAGACUGGAUUGACUCCAUUGUGAACACCCCGUCUGACGAGCCAGUGGGGGAGCCUUGAUCCCCCUCCCAGCCCCUCACCGACCGGGUCACAUCUGAGAUGUCUCAUGCGUCCCCCGAAUCGCAUCUCUGGGUCUGAAGACACCCCUUCCACCCCUAGGUCCUUGUGAUUGUGAUUAAUAAAAAUGUCAUUUA